CACCGCCAUCAACAGCACCUGCACCUGCAGUUCUAGCUCCAGCGCCACCUCCACCGGAAAUUUUUCCGCAGGGACGCUUCUGGACGAGUUUUUCCGAAUAGAUGGAUAACUCGAACCUUGAAGAUUGCGUGCAUCGAGUGUCUUUGCCGCCUCCGGAGCCGUUCUUCCGGUCGCUGGCAGGGUCGUUGAAGGAGACGUUUUUCCCGGAUGACCCGCUCCGGCGAUUCAAGGGUCAGCCUGCCGGACGCAGGGUGGUGCUGGCUCUCCAGUACCUGUUUCCCAUCCUGGAGUGGGGCCCGAGCUACACGCUUGGGUUCUUUAAGUCUGACCUCGUUGCCGGAAUCACCAUCGCCAGUCUCGCCAUCCCUCAAGGGAUCAGCUACGCCAAGCUCGCCAACCUCCCCCCCAUCCUCGGCCUAUAUUCCAGUUUCGUCCCACCAUUGGUCUACGCCAUGAUGGGGAGCUCGAAGGAUCUGGCAGUGGGGACCGUGGCCGUGGCUUCGCUGCUAUUGGCGUCUAUGCUGGAGAAGGAGGUGGCAGCAACGGCGCAGCCAGGUGUUUAUAUAAAUUUGGCCUUCACCGCCACCUUCUUCGCCGGAGUUUUCCAGGCAGCACUAGGCUUCCUCAGGCUGGGUUUCAUCGUGGACUUCUUGUCGCACGCGACCAUCGUGGGGUUCAUGGGAGGGGCGGCGACGGUGGUUUGCCUCCAGCAGCUCAAGGGCAUACUCGGCCUUGACCACUUCACCACCCACACCGACCUCGUCGACGUCAUGCGCUCCGUCUUCUCCCAGGAACACCAGUGGAGAUGGGAGAGUGCCGUGCUCGGUUGUUGCUUCCUCUUUUUCCUGCUCCUCACUCGAUACUUUAGCAAGAGGCAGCCAAGGUUCUUCUGGGUAUCGGCAGCGGCGCCACUGACGUCGGUGGUACUCGGCAGCCUUCUCGUCUAUCUCACUCACGCCGAGAAGCACGGCGUCCAAGUGAUUGGACACCUGAAAAGGGGAGUGAACCCUCCCUCCCUAACGGAGCUGACAUUCUCGCCUCAGUACUUAGCCAUCGCCGCCAAGACCGGCAUCGUCACCGGCGUCAUCGCUCUCGCCGAAGGAAUUGCAGUGGGCAGAAGCUUUGCUAUGUUUAAGAACUACCACAUCGAUGGCAAUAAAGAAAUGAUCGCUUUUGGAAUGAUGAACAUUGUGGGUUCAUGCACCUCCUGUUACUUAACCACGGGGCCAUUUUCUCGCUCCGCCGUGAACUUCAAUGCAGGUUGCAAGACUGCAAUGUCCAACAUCGUGAUGGCCACUGCUGUCAUGAUAACUCUGCUCUUCCUUACUCCUCUGUUCCAUUACACUCCCCUUGUUGUGCUUGCCUCCAUCAUCAUCGCUGCCAUGCUCGGCCUUAUCGACUAUGAAGCUGCAAUCCAUCUCUGGAAGGUUGACAAGGUUGAUUUCUGUGUCUGCAUGGGUGCCUACCUCGGUGUCGUCUUUGGCAGUGUCGAAAUUGGGCUUGUCAUUGCUGUUGCCAUCUCUGUGGUUAGAGUUAUUCUCUUCAUUGCCAGGCCCCGAACUUCUGUUCUUGGCAAUGUGCCCAACACUAGCGUCUUCAGGAGCAUCAGCCAGUACCCUUUCGCCAUGUCCGUCCCCGGGGUCCUUGUCCUCCAAAUCAAUUCACCAAUCUACUUUGCCAAUUCUGGGUACCUGAGAGAGAGAAUCUCGCGGUGGAUCGAUGAGGAAGAAGAUAAGCUUAAAGCUUCCGGUGAAAGUAGUCUUCAAUAUGUGAUCCUUGACAUGACUGCGGUCGGAUGCAUCGACACAAGCGGGAUAAGCUUCCUAGAGGAGACGAAGAAGAACAUCGAGAGGAGGGGCUUGAAGCUUGCAUUGGCCAACCCUGGAACAGACGUGAUGGUGAAACUGAUGAAAACAAAGUUCGUAGAGGCUAUAGGCCAAGAAUGGAUCUUUCUCACUGUCGAAGAAGCUGUUAGUGCCUGCAACUUCAUGCUUCACACCUGCAAAGCUGCCGACUACGUGCAAGAAACCGUCGUCGAUAUCCACAACGCUCAUGCCAGCGCCAAAGGAUCGAACGCAGCGGGUCCAGGAAUCUGAAGCAUGAUACAUGUCGGCAACAGAGCUAACACCUACGACUAGUUUAGAGGGUGCGGCAUAGCCAGCACCCGAAAAUCCGAGUGUCCCCGUGCAUUCUAUGUACUCGACAACUCCAUGACUAACACAGAACUAGUUUUGUUUGGCCACGGAUCUGUACCUCCUCUGUUGGUAGUGUAAGCUCUCUAGAUUUCGUGUAACAUUUUUCAUGCAAUAUUAUUCAUGA